CCUCACUUGGUCAUGUGGUGGCCGCCAAACGGACUCGGGUUCGCGUUUCGGACAAGAGAAUGCAGCCAUCAGCCGGGAAAAUGCCCACUGCCCGAAAUGGAAGAACCUGCGUCGUCCUUGGUUGCGAAUUGAAGGGGUAUGUCAGAUGUUUUGGCAAUCAAAAACACGGCUACCUACUGACAACGCCACUCUCCUGCUCCGAUCAACGCCGAUGUCUCAAAUGCCAAAACUCCUAUUUGUAUAGCGAUUCCCCCGCUUUUCAUAACGAAGGCUCUAGAAGGCAUCAUCCAUCAAAACAGAACGAAAUCCUUUUCACCGCGGCUAGAGACGGUAAAGCAACACAACAACCCAUGUCCACUCGAUCCAGUAUCUCCAAACCAGUUUCCUCCCUUCGUCCCAGAGCUGCUGGUAUGGGGUAUCAUGGUAAUCCAGUCGCAGUGCUUGACAUGAAGUCAGACCAAGUUCGACCGCUUGACAAAGCUGACGUUGAAGGCAAAGACUAUUUCGCGGUUGAGAUUCCCCGAGUAAAGAACAACGUCCCAAUCUACAUCUCGCGAUCGAACGAUGCGAAGCAGGAGUUCAUUGCGGAGGUCAACCUCUGGAGCAUGGGGGUCCGGUACAACCUGCAUAGACUUCUCGGGGACGGACCUCAGCUCUACGUGGUCAAUGCAUAAGGAUGGUCAGAGUGAGCCAGUGGCUUAGUAUGAUGAUUAUAAGGGGGAUGUUUUCAUUUCCAAUAUUAUUUGCAGAUUUUACAGGGGGCUGGGUGCGCCACUUUGGGAACUUUUCGGACAUUACAUGUUUUUUUUUGACAUUUUUCGGGGAGACGGACCGUUCGUAUGUAGUAAAUGUAACCUUCAGCCAUGAUAGCUGUAGAUAGCAGUUCAUCCGAUGAUGCAAGUCAGCCGGAGAUUCCCUUGGUCA